GUAAAACAAUCCUUAAAUAUAUAAUAGUAUUAUUACUGUUCUCUCUGGGUUAAAAGAUGGCUGCAUCACGGAUCCUUAACCUACUCUACAAGCCAACACUAGAAAAAAAUGAUUUUGCCCAUGCCUUUUGGCCAGUAGCUAUCAUUUAACUAUUAUGAAGUAGUUGAAUUAACAUUAUUUAGUCACUGCUUCGACGUUUAUGCUUCUAAAAGUUCCUGCAAAGGGGCCUAGUAUUUUGCAGUGUACGAAGAUAGACCUCCAGUUUUGUUUUCACACGAACCAAGCGAGUAAAGUUUAUGUUGCCAGGCUGUAUUCUCGUGCAUGGCUUGUUUUUAUCCUCUGACAGCCCAAGGGUGGGGUGGGGUCCCUCGAUAAAGAAUAUUAGUGGCUCGAGAUUUACAAGGUAAAGGAUGCUAAACUUUCAAUCGCAAUCCUAAUAUUUGGUUUGUGGUAGAGCCACACACGUCAGGUAUACAGUCUGACUGGUUUCCCCUAAUUGGAUAACGAACAGGUUUGCAACUAACGGCCCCUUAAGUCUUUAACCACUCAAAUAGUAGCCAUGGGCAUCUGUAAUAUAAGAACCUCUGGUGAAACCUCCAAGAGAUGGCCUAAAUGUUAACAGCAGGUGAAUACAGCAGCAACCACGGUCGGCAGCUGCUGCCGGAAACAAGCUUGUCCGAGCUGAACUUGCCCAGAGUUCUCUUUGUCCUGUCUUCCAUGUUAGAGAAGCUGGUAGCUCGGAAUGAAAAGCUUGUGGAUGUCCUGAACCAGCAGCUAGAUGGUCUGACCUGUGGCUCAGUAAGACUUGGUAACAGCUUGAAUACUUUUCAUGGCGUAAGAGCACCAAGCAUAAGCAUACCUAAGUACUUGGAGAGGAUAUACAAGUACACUAACUGUAGCCCCUCCUGUUUUGUGGUUGGCUAUGUGUACAUAGACAGGCUCACACAUAGACACCCCGAUUCCCUUGUCACAUCCUUGAAUGUACACAGGCUGCUAGUUACCAGUGUCAUGGUCGCUUCCAAGAUGCUGGAUGAUGAACAUUACAACAACGCCGUUUAUGCUCGAGUGGGAGGAGUGAGCAAUGCUGAAUUGAACAAGCUUGAGUUAGAGCUACUGUUUCUGUUGGAUUUUAGAGUUGUUGUAAGCUCUGGUGUAUUUGAGAGCUACUGCUUUCACUUAGAAAAAGAGAUGGCUGUGAAUGGCACAGGCAUGAAGAUUGAAAGGGCAUUGACACCAAAGGCUAUGGAAGACCUUGAGGCUGAAAUAUCCGUUGAAGAUAAACAAAGCCCUUCCCCACCUCAAAUUGUACACUGACAUCAUCGCUCGUUGUUUCUGGUCAAUUUUGGGUCCCAUACCCUUCUUUGUCCUUCCCUUCAUCUUCACACCCUCCCACUAAUUGGAUCAUUCAUGGCCCAAUUUCGUUUUUUUCUAUCUCAUGUCCAUGUCAAAGCUUCUCGUACCUUUUGCCUCCUGCAAAA